AAAUAUAAAUCCUAUCACGAUUUGCGUUACAAAUAAAUACCAGCAAAGAACUACGGCGGGCGAAGACAGAAACACAUUGAAGAGAUCGCUCUAUCUGGCACCCCGCCCGCUGGAUCUUCACACAGGGAAAAACAAGCGCACCUCUUCAACUGACGUAACCCCCAGUCACCCCACAUCGUCGUCUCUCGCUCUCGAUGAGUCGGAACAGCAGCAACUAAUUUUCUUAAAAAACACAUCUGGUUCCUGGGGCAGGGAAGCGAGAUGGAUGAUCAUGUUCAAAAUAAACUGGUAGAAUGGGACCUGGGUGAUUUACUCUCUACAUUUGAAGACAGGCACAUCGCUUUGCUUCUGCUACCUGUGGUGACGCUCCCCCCCCGGCACCUACAAAAUCCGGAGAAAGACGGUCCGCCCCAGCUACGCCGAAUCUACAAAAGCUUUCAUAGGCAAAGAACAACCUGUCUGCCGAGCAGCAGAAGAUGGUGGCCACCUUUGUGCCACAACACGGCCACAGCUGACUGCUUCUACGCCCUCAGCCUGAACGUGGCCCAGUCAAAGAGGAUGAGGGAUUUCCGCCAGGCCCUCACCCCCACUGUACCAUCACCAGAGUCACCAGAAGCCUCCACCACCAGGAAGAGGUCCCACAAUCCUGAUUCCUCCUCCAGUUCCGAGGACGAAACCCCUGUCCCCUACCAGGAGUCAGGGAUCUCGGGACUGGAGGAGGAGAGGGAGUUUAUAGCGAGGCUACAAAAUACACCAGAGAAGGCCCUCAGGACGAGCCAGUACGGCAGGCUGGUGGCGCUGACUGCGCUCGAGGCUCAACUCAACCUGUCUAAAAAGAUUUCGGAGAGGGCGAGAAGGGCAGCGUAUCGAGCAGUCAUCGGACUCUAACAUCUCUUGAUCUGUGCAGGACUUCAGUGUGAGCGGACUAUUUAGAGACGAUGUGACCGGCAGGUAAUGUUAACGGCUAUCUGCUACUGUAGCAGAGCUGCAAGUAAACGCUGAACUGAGCUGUGUGUUUUCAGUGUUAAACAUUGCUGCAGGUUUUCAUGCAUGACUGUUAUUGGUGAUUUACAGAGGUGGAAGACUUACUCAGAUCAUGUAUUGCAGUAAAAGUAGAAAAAAACUGUGUAGAGUUACAAGUUACUUGUCAGUUACAAGUCCUGCAUUCAACAUCUCCCUUAAGUUAAAGUACAAAAGUAUUAU